CUCGAACGACACCAACAGCACGAAUUGGCGAUAGUCGGCUUCUUUUUGUCGAUUCUGGAUCCCCCAAUUCCUCUCUCGCUACUAGCAUGAGAUCGGUUGGCCUCUCAGGGAGCAUUUGAUAUUGAAAGUCCGCCAGAUCUGCCCUCUAAAGACUUUCUUUGGGGAAAGUCGCUGCCCCCUCUGAGCUAAUAUCAAAUCAUACAACCAUACGAGCCGAUGAAGACCAACUGCUAGUAUUCCAACACUUGAAACGCCCGGGAACGAAAAUGCUUCAGUCCGGCCUUCAAUUCGCUGCUGCGAGGCAGAGCGUUUUGCGCAUGGCUCUGAACCGAUCGCUGCCUCGAACAUAUGCAACUAUCAGACGUUCUAACGAGACCACCGCCAGCCCGAAAGAACUCGCUGAGAACCCCGAGAGUCAAUCUGCUAUUUUACGAGUCUAUAAGCCCCGAACGCCUGGUGUGAGACAUCUUAAGCGACCUAUCAACGAUCAUCUCUGGAAAGGACGACCUUUCCUUCCCUUAACAUUCCCCAAGAAGGGCCAAGCAAAGGGUGGCCGAAAUGUGUCUGGUAGAAUCACCGUACGACACCGAGGUGGUGGUGCAAAGAGAAGAAUAAGAACGGUUGACUUCCUCCGCAACCGACCAGGACCUCACCUGGUUGAGCGCAUUGAAUACGACCCAGGACGAAGUGCGCACAUUGCUCUUGUCACUGAGAAGGCUACCGGGCGUCACACUUACAUUCUUGCCGCUGAUGGUUUAAGGUCUGGGGAUAUUGUCCACAGCUACCGUGCCGGUAUUCCUCAAGAUCUUCUUGACAGUAUGGGUGGUAUUAUCGAUCCCGGUAUUCUAGCUGCGAAGACUGCCUUCCGUGGUAAUUGUCUACCUAUGCACAUGAUUCCUGUUGGUACUACAGUAUUUGCUGUGGGUUCCGCAGCUAGGCGUGGUGCCGUGUUUUGUCGUAGUGCUGGCACCUCAGCUGUGGUUGUCAACAAGAACGAGGAGACGAAAGACGAUGGUACGAGGGUUAUGACCGGCAAGUACGUUGAGGUUCGACUCCAGAGCGGUGAAGUUCGACGAGUCAGCAAGGACGCUUGCGCCACCAUCGGCGUCGCUAGCAACAUUCACCACCACUACCGCCAACUGGGCAAGGCUGGACGUAGCCGAUGGCUCAACAUUCGACCUACCGUCCGUGGUGUUGCCAUGAACAAGGUCGACCAUCCUCAUGGUGGUGGUAGAGGUAAAUCGAAGGGUAAUCGUCACCCUGUCUCUCCUUGGGGUGUUCCUACCAAGAGUGGUUACAAGACCCGACGCAAACACAACAGAAACAAGUGGGUUGUGGUACCUCGACCUCGAAACAACGGAAAGCGUCGAGACAAGGCCAACUAAGGGAAAGGAGUGAUGAGUUGAUGCGUUGGAUGAAAAGCACAUGCCAGGCCGAGAAGAACUCGGUCGUCAGUGCAUUGUAUAUUAUGACGCUGCGUUGUAUCAUAUGUGACAUUAUAGAUAAGGGCCAAACUGGCGUCUUAAUCAAAGAACCACGUAAGAACACAUAUAUU